AUGAAGAAUUUAUUCAAGAAAACAUUUCAAGUCGGUAGUCAGUCGUUGGUCAGAGGUUCAGAUAAGAAAAAGUUGAAAGAGAAACUCGUUCAAACCUAUAGACCAAAUGUAAGCAUCGAGCAAUUGGAUCAAGUCAUUCAGAACAAGAGAGAUCUAGGUCUAGUCAAACUUCAAAACCAACCAGUUCAACUCUAUUGUCAAGUUGGUGAUCCUCUUGUAUUUGAAUAUCAAGGUGUACUCUAUCCAACAACGAAAAUACCAACAAUGUUACCUAGAAUUAUAAUACAUCCACCCGUAUUCAAUUAUAUUGCCAAUGGUGCAGAUUUGAUGUUUGCAGGUAUUGUUAAUUUAGAAGAUUUCCCUGAUACUGUUGGUACUGUUGUUUCUAUUGUGUUGAAUGGAUCGUUGUCACCUGUUGCAGUUGGCUAUGUACUACCACAUACUCAAAUGGAUAGAGCACAGGUAAAUGGCAAAGCAUUGUCAAUCAUUCAUUACAUAAACGAUGCACUAUGGGAAUAUGGAACAAAAGAAAUAGAUUUCACAAUCAUUCAGCAACAAGAGAGUGAAUCUGUUGCUGCAACAGAAUUAACUACACAAUCAAUGAAUGAUUUAACUUUGAAUGAAACAACAACUACAACAACUAAUAAUAAUAACAAUGAAGAUGAUGAUAACGAUACAAUGGAUACAAGUGAAGAUAGUACUACAACUACAACAACUACUUCUACAAAUGGUGAUAGUAUUGUUGCUGUUACGAAAGAGGAAAUGGAUAGUAUUGUACAUAUUAGUUUUAUGGGUGCUAUAAAGUUUGGUGUUAUCGAUUCAGAGUUACCUCUGCCUUUGAAAACAUUCUUUAACAAAUAUAUGUUGUACUAUGCACCUGCCGAUACACAUGAGAUCAACGUAAACAAGUCGUCCUACAAGAAGGUAUCAAAGUUGAUCGAUGCCAUGAAAAAGAAAAAAGUUGAUCGAUUCAAACGAACCUUCACCCGAUAUAAAUCAUUUGAACUCGGUAAUAUCGUUGGUGAUAAACAACAACUAGAGGAAGAGAACAAAGAAGCAACCUAUGGUACAUAUGACUCUGAUUCUAUUCCUUUGAAAUCGGUUCAAGAUGUAUUUCCACUGCCUAAAUCUAUCGUUGAUUAUGCAAAACUUAAAGAGUUACCUUAUAAAAAAAAUCUAGCAAUGGAAUAUGUAAAGGAAGUGAUCGAUGCAAAGAGUUCAACUUUUGUUUUGGAUGAAGUGUGUGCACCAAUGGUAAAGCAAUCGGGCGGUACUUCCAUUGGAAAGAAUCAAUUCUUCAAUCAAAUCAAACAGCAUCUAUCACCAAGAUUCAUGGAGAUUAUAAAUGUACAGAAUGAUAUUAAAUAUUUACCAUUUAAACAAAUAGAAAUACACUCUAGAAAGAUAUCAAACAAAUUUGUUAUAGAGGUUACGGGUUUGGAAACAUUUUCGAUAUCACCGAAGGAGUUGGCAAAGGAUGGUAUGAAAGCAUUUGCAGCAAGCACAACUCUAGCACCAUUCUCGAAAACCUCACAAAUGGUAAAGAUACAAGGAAACGAUACCGAUCGUAUUUCAAAGUACAUUCAAGAGCAAUACAGUGUACCAGCUAUUUAUAUAGAUAUUAAAAUAGAUGCUGCUGUUCUCAAAAAAAAAUAA